CUCCUCAUUAGACUGUCUCCUCUCCCUCUGUAUACCUUCAUCAACACCCCCAUAAUGAGCGUGUGUCGUUGUGUCGUUGUGUAAGCCCGGGGCAGAGUGGUAAACUGACGCGGCGAUGCACUCACCCUGGUCCUGUAGAGUGCAUUGUGACUCACCCUUUCAAACCUGACUCAUUAGAUCUUGCAAGAAAAUCUAAACUAUUUUAAUUUAACAAUCUAGUGAUGAUAAGAAUAGUUACUAACCAACUAGAGAGGAGUGCAGGAUGGAGCCCCUGGAGCUGGUGCCAGGCCGCUACAUUGGGGAGGGUCAGCCCUGCUUCAUUAUUGCUGAAAUUGGCCAGAAUCACCAGGGUGAUAUCGAGCUAGCCAAGACACUUAUACGCAGAGCCAAGGAAUGUGGUGCCGACUGUGUCAAGCUUCAAAUGUCAUCCUUACCUGACAAGUUCAACAAGCAAGCCCUCAACCGCCCCUACAAGUCAGAACAUGCAUGGGGAGAAACGUAUGGUGAACACAAGAAGCACCUAGAUUUUUCUCGAGACCAUUUACAAGAGCUGCAGGAAUAUGCCAGGCAGCUGGACAUCCCACUUACAGCUUCUGCCAUGGAUAUACCAUCACUGUACGUGUUACACGAGCUGCAGGUUCCUUUCAUUAAGGUUGGUUCAGGAGACAUCCAUAACCUGCCACUACUUCGCACUGCUGCAGCUUGCAGCAAACCUCUAGUCGUCUCAACAGGUAUGUCGGAUAUAGCAUGGGUGUCUCAGGUUUAUGAAGAGCUCACUAUGAUGCAAGACCCACCAACACCCCUGGUCUUUCUUCAGUGCACAUCUGCAUAUCCCACGCCCCCAGAACAAACCCAUCUGAGAGUAUUAGAUACAUAUGCUCAGAUGUUUCCUCAUGCACACAUUGGGUACUCUGGACACGAGUUGGGAAUUCAUGUUACGAUUGCAGCUGUGGCUCGUGGGGCCAGGGUGGUGGAGCGUCACAUGACCCUUAAUCGGAAUUGGAAAGGAAGUGAUCAUUCCUGCUCACUGGAACCACAUGAUUUAAGAGAACUAGUUAAGGCAAUCAGAUGUGUGGAAGCUGCACUUGGCAGCCCCCUUAAAGCUUUUCAACCCUGUGAGGAGCCAUGCUUCACAAAGCUUGGCAAGACACUAGUAGCUGCACGUAAAAUUCGAGCAGGACAGAUGUUGGAAGAAGGAGACUUAGUGGCAAAAGUGGCAGAACCACGAGGCAUUCCAUCUCAACGACUAGAUUCUCUAAUUGGUGGAUAUCUCAACAGAGAUGUAGAAGAGGAUGAAAGCAUUAUGGAAGCAGAUGUCUUGUGAGAAUAUUUAUGCAAGUCAUUACCAAAUUUUGUUUGUGAAUGAAACCGAUAUAGCAUUGUAUACAUGUUAUGAGUGUGUACAGGUGUGAUGUGAUUCAUAAAUUCACUCAAGAUAUUAAUCUUGAUAUAACUUAGAAUGUUCUGCAAGUAUGUUAAUGCAUAUUUCAUUCAUGGACACUUUGCAUUCUUCUUAUAUGGCAUGAGUAAAAGAUAUGUUGUUUCUACUUCAUUAUGCAGUGACUCCAUGUUAUGAGUGUCAUAUCUGUGAAGAUUUCCUGAAGCAUAAAAGUGAUAUAUUAGUAUGGAUGUGGUGUAAAUGUUAAAAAAAACUAUACAAGUGGAAUUUAUGGGAGUAGCAGCAAUGUAUUGCUUUGAUAAGGUGUUUAAGAUAGAAGAAGAGACACCAAAUUAGCACAACAUUAAUUGAUGUGUUCCUGUAUGUAUUGCAUGAUGCAAUAACAGACAGGUUGCAAGAGAUAGUAACAGGGGCAAAUAUGAUGCAAUUUGAAGUGAUGAAGAUAAACAUGUUGAAUGGGGCAGUAACGGAAACAAAUGUUAUUUUUUUACCCCUGCUUCGUGUUGCAUGUUAGAAUAUUUGUUAACUUUGGUUUUAAUACUAAUUGCACGUUAGCUUGUAGACUUGAAUGUGCACCAAUCAAUUAGGAUACUUUGUGAUCAUUAUUACACUUUCAUAUGUUAUUAAUGUAUGAUAUAUGUACCUUGAAGGUAUAUGUACCAUUUAGGAGUGUUGGGUGUCGGUGAUUUUUAGAAUUGAUCAAUGUGUUGGCAUGCAUCUUUGUUAAUUUGUAUUAUUCAGAAUAUAAAUACAUUAGUUUUAUUUCUCUAAUCUGAUAUUCUUAUUUCCAAAAUAUGCCAACAUUUUAAAAUAAUUCCAACCCUGCUCCUUUCUAUCAAGUACUUUUAAACACAAAAUUUCAUUACUGUUAUUUGUUCCAAUUCAUAGUGGUAACUUGACUCAAGGUUUGUGUUUGACCUCUUUAUUUAGUAUAGAUGAUGAAGCAAGUGUGAGAAGAAUUUUAAUACCACAGUAGUUUUAAGAUGGCAGGAUCUGCAGUCAAUCUUUCCUGAGGAAACUUGUGGGGCUGGAACCAGCAUUGGUGUGCCUAGUAUGCCUACAAAGAUUUUAAAGUGUUGGUGAAAUGUGGAACUUUCUUACAGAAAGCUUUAGUGUUGAAACCUUUAAACACUGCUGCAAACAUGCAAUGCAACAUUGGGUAUAAUGUUCUGGAUCUCUUCCCAAUUUUUUUCCCUGGUUUUACUUUUUUGUUUAGUCUAAAUUAUAUUGAACAUACUGUUUUAUAUUUAAACGUACAAAUGCACUAUAUACACAUGCAUUAUAAAUUAGAAAGCUAUUACAAAAAUAAUAAAACUACAUAACUUUGA